AUGGGCUUCGUGCAGCGCUGCGUGGCUCGGGGCCUCUGGCCGGGGCGGGGGGGCCUGGGGGUCGGCUGGGAGCGGCUCCAGGCGCCCCAUCGCCUCUACGGCGCGGGGAUACCCGGCCUGCAGGAACGCACCCUGAUAGCGGUCAAGCCGGACGGGGUGCAGAGAAGAUUAGUGGGGGACGUGAUCCAGCGCUUUGAGAAACGGGGCUUCAAGCUUGUGGGCCUGAAGUUGCUGCAGGCCAACGAGGGGAUCCUGGCGGAGCAUUACCACGAGCUGAGAAGGAAACCCUUCUAUCACGAGCUGAUCCAGUACAUGACCUCAGGACCUGUGGUGGCCAUGGUCUGGGAAGGCCACAACGUGGUCAAGACCUCUAGAACCAUGGUGGGAGAGACGAACCCCAUGGAAGCCAAGCCAGGGACGGUCCGUGCGGACUUCAGCAUCCACGUGAGCAGGAACGUUGUCCACGCCAGCGAUUCCGUGGAGACGGCCCAGCGGGAAAUCAGCCUGUGGUUCCGCAGUGAUGAGCUGGUGGACUGGGAGAGCUGCGAUCACAAAAUCAUGUAUGAACUCUGAAGGCCUCGCCUGUACCUGGAA